CAUAUAUCGAUCAUGCUAAUUAGUUGUUUGUCAGCUCUUUGUUUCCUGAUCCCUCUGUGCUUUUUGGGUCUUUUCACUCAAUCCCGGAGCCUUCUAGAAGACGAUGACUAUUCCCCAAUCUCGGCGCCGGCGCCGGCGCCGGAACCUUCACCGGCACAAAUCGUUUUCAACGUAAUGUCGUAUGGCGCGGCGGGGGAUGGAAUUUCCGAUGAUACAGAAGCAUUUAAAAUGGCGUGGGAUGCAGCAUGCCAAUCUCAACUCCCUUCCCUCCUUCUUCUACCUCCCCAUCGUACUUUUCUCAUCCAAUCCGUCAUCCUCACUGGACCCUGUAAAACCAAUGCACUGGUCUUUCAGGUCGAAGGGACGAUAAUGGCGCCGGACGGGCCCGAAUCAUGGCCGAGGAGCUACAGCAAGAGGCAGUGGUUGGUGUUCUAUAGAAUCAAUGGAAUGUCGAUGCAAGGAGGAGGCGUCAUUGAUGGACGAGGAGCUAAAUGGUGGGAGCUUCCCUGCAAACCCCACAGAGGAAUCAACGGGACAACUUUACCAGGGCCUUGUGACAGCCCCGUUGCAAUUAGGUUUUUCUGGUGCUCGAAUUUGAGAAUGGAAGGGGUGAAGAUGAAGAACAGCCCACAGUUCCACGUGCGGUUCGACAGGUGCGAGCACGUGCAGAUCGAGUCCAUCUUUAUAAAGUCCCCCGCCGGCAGCCCCAACACCGACGGAAUCCACCUUGAGAACACCAACCACGUCACCAUUUACAACUCCCUCAUUUCUAAUGGGGAUGAUUGUGUGUCCAUUGGAGCUGGUUCUUACAAUAUCUAUAUAAAGAACAUCACUUGUGGUCCUAGUCAUGGAAUAAGCAUCGGAAGCCUGGGCAUGAAGAACACGGCGGCGUGCGUGUGGAACAUAACGGUGUCGGAGUCGGUGAUCAAGCAUUCCGACAACGGGGUGCGGAUCAAGACAUGGCAGGGCGGCUACGGGGCGGUGUCGGCGGUCACCUUCCGCAACAUCCUCAUGGACACCGUGCGCAACCCCAUAAUAAUCGACCAGUACUACUGCUCCGGCGCCGGCCGCGCCGCCUGCCCCAACCAGACGGCGGCGGUCAGCGUGACCGGCGUCUCCUACGAGGGGAUCAAAGGCACCUACGAUGUCCGGAGCCCGCCGGUGCACCUGGCGUGCAGCGACGCCGUGCCCUGCACCAACCUCACCGUCAGCGACGUCGAGCUGCUGCCGGCGGAGGGGCAGCGGAUUUUAGACCCCUUCUGUUGGAAUGCCUAUGGGGAUGUCGCCACGCUCACUGUGCCACCCCUCUUUUGCCUGAUCGGCGGCGACCCGCGCCUCGCCGGCGCCGGCGCCGGCGCCGAUCGUCAGCUACUUGAUCAUACCUGCCCGUAGCUAUAGCCCAUAUCAGAAUGAUAUAUACGUAUACAUAUAUAUAUACAUAUAUUAGUCAU